CUCGGUGCAUUUCAUCAGCAGCAUUGGUUCAAUGCAAGCAACACUGCGGACCUCGGCUGCAACGUUCAGCAUAUCGUCACAAGCAUCGGGCUUGUUUCGACCACAUCUCCGGCACGCGUGAGGCGGCAGGCAGGCCACGAUGUCAGCGCCUUUUCCGGGGCUCAUGCAUGAGGCUGAGAUGCGAGCUGACGGCUCCAACAGCUACCGACUGAUGCAGCUGGGCUGCCUCGAGUCAUCGCCGUCUCCCCUCGCCUAUCCGGCCGCGGCGGCGGCGGCGGCGGCGCCUGACUUCGGAUCGGCCUACUUCUCGGGCACGCCGCAGUACAAUGCCCUGCACCACCACCACCACGCGCAAGCCUUCCACUACGACUUCCACCACCAGGGCGCCGCGGCGCACACGGCGGCCGUGGCUGCCGACGCGUACCCGCUCACGCCUCUGCAUCCGUCGCAGCAGUACUACCCCCAGUUACACCACGGGCACUCGUCGAGCGAGCAGGCGACGGAGCUCCACGCGGGUCUCCACGCCGGGCUGGCCGGGGCGUGCAGGGCCCUCAAGCCCGCGUCGGGGCUCGAGGAGCAGCAGAGGCGCGACCUGGCAUGCUUCGAGGCGUACCACCGCCGCCACGACAUCUCGCUCAUGGGCCACGCGGGAGGACAGUUCGGGGUGCACCCCGAUCAGCUGUUUCUGCCGGGUCCCCCCCUCGGCCUGGCCGCGCACGGAGGAGAAGACAGCCCGGGCUGCCUUGAAGGACCAAGUGGAUUGCUCAUCAAUGGCCCAGGCGGUGUCAUAAGGAGGGGUGGAUCCGCAGCGGUCAACCCCACUGACCUCUUCUGCUCGGUGCCCGGCCGGCUGUCCCUCCUCAGCUCGACGUCCAAGUACAAGGUGACCAUCGCAGAGGUGAAGCGGCGUCUGUCUCCCCCAGAAUGUCUCAACGCGUCCCUCCUGGGCGGCAUCCUCAGGAGAGCCAAGUCGAAGAACGGUGGCCGGUGCCUGCGCGAGAAACUCGACCGGCUGGGGUUAAACCUCCCCGCGGGGCGCAGGAAAGCAGCCAACGUCACCUUGCUCACCUCGCUGGUGGAAGGCGAGGCCCUUCACCUGGCGCGUGACUUUGGCUACACGUGCGAGACGGAGUUCCCCGGCAAGGCGGUGGGCGAGCACCUGGCGAAGCAGCACGCAGAGCCCAAAGAGCAGCAGACACGACGCAAGAUGAUACUCGCCACCAAACAGAUCUGCAAGGAGUUCCAGGACUUCCUGAGCCAGGACCGCUCUCCCCUUGGCAGCUCACGGCCAACACCUGUGCUGGACCCAGAGGUUCAGCGUCACCUCACGCACUUCAGCCUCAUUACCCACGGCUUCGGCACGCCCGCCCUCUGUGCAGCCUUGAGCACGUUCCAGACGGUGCUGGGUGAGAUGCUGGCUUACCAAGAGAAGCACCUGCAGAGCAAAGCCGCCAGCCUUGCGUCGACGCCAGCUCCCGCCCUCCCUAUCGACAAGGGCUCACUUAGGAAGGCGGGAGACGCCAGCGAAAAGGACAAUCGUGGUGGCAAGGCCGACUAGCCGCCUGCCCCACGUACGCACACAGUUACGGGGCGGGGGGGUGUUGAGGGGUGGGCCCUCUCUGUCGCCGAUUCAUUUAACGAGUGCGCGUCCACGAUACAAAAAAAACCCCGUGUUCUGCAUCGACCGUCGCUGUUUUGGCAUCGUUUUUUUUAACAACGAGCCAAACCGGAGAGGAAAAUGCUGAUCGGGAUGGGUGAAGUCAAAAAAUAUAUAUAUCUAAAGAUCAGCAAGUGUGUUCCUUGCAGACGCUUUUAUGUGGAGUAAAAGCUGGAUAAAGGGGCGGGGGGAAGGUGCAGCCCUGCAAUUGCUUGAUCACGUCACUGCUGGCGGAAGGACCUCCCACGAAAUGGAACUAUAGAGGGUAUUUUGUCCUGCUGUUCUACUUUGGCCAGAUGUCUUGAAAACGAUGGGAGUAAAACCUGCACAUUGCACCACCACACGGUGUAACUUACAUGUAACCCGCGUGUCGUUUCAUUUUUUAUCGAACACAAGUGGGACUGGCGCUCCGCCAACGGGGGAGUAACGUGCGAAGCAGCUAGGAAUCGGAUGCCCAAGACACGCGCGACAAUUGCCUUUGGAACCACGAGCAAUGCCUUUCCCACCGUUCAGUCGUGGACAUUCCAUGGUUGAGUGGGAACACAGUGGGGCAGCAACAGAAAAUGUCAUGGCCACAAUGCAAACGCAAACAAAACAAAUGGAUCACAUCGUUUUGUUUACGAAACAAGUUCAUUUAGAAGGGUUUUCUUUUCGUUUCAUGUUCAGGCAAAUUGUUGUCCGUCAACAACUCCGCGUAGAUUCAACAUCCUCCGUGAUUGUGUUUUUCGAGGUCGAGUGAUGAAAGGUGUGACGUUACUAACGUUCAUAACGUUUUUAUAAACCCAAGCGAUAUACAGUUUAUGGAAAAUGCCCCAUGUAAAACGUCGUUCAAUAGCACCAUCACGAGCAGAAAUACAUUCUGCAGUUGCAUAAUAUAUGAACUAGCAGCAGUGUUUGUGAAGGGCGAUCGGUCCUUUUUUUCCAGUGUGUUUGUCCUUAAUUUAAUCUUGCAAAAUUAAUUCAACCGUGGAUAAGGCACGUGAAUUGAUGUCCAGGCUUACGCUGUUUAGAACAAAACAUGUGAGUUUGUGUGUGUAUGUUUGUUGAACUUCUUUAGCACGGUACGGAGCCAACCAUGCUAAUUGGAGGUGCGGGCAAAGGACAACAAACAACCUGUUCCGAAUAUUUGAGUAUCACUUAUAAUGUACAAAGCAAGACAAACAUAGUGGCUGUUCAUGUAUUAAAAAUAUAUGAAUAUAAAAUAAAUAGAUUAAUGGAGCACUCUUUCAAAUCCAUUGAUGGAUUAAGGCCUAAUUAAACAGUAUCGGCCAUCAGGGUUAUUUGUCGAUACCUCACCACGCUGGUCAGUGUGGGUUAGUGGAUGGAUGGGUGGGCAGGACCGGUGGAGAAAAUUUAAUUAUCUGGAUUAUUUAGAUGAAUUGGCUCUGAUAAAUUUCUGCAUGUGAUGCCACUUCCAUGAGCUAUCAGGUGUGACCAGGUCACCUCUGAAUCGGAGCUUAAUAGCUCUGUGGGCUUUACCUGUUGAAUAAAAAUAUUAUAUUGUUUUCUUUUGACUGAUGUGUAUUCGUGGCUGGGAAUCGAACUGAGGUUGCUGGGUUGGAAGUGCGGUGUGCCAACCACUGUGCCACCGUUUCCCCAACUGGUCCUGUAUAUGUGUGCAUAUAUUAUUGUAUAUACUCGCUUUCGAAAUAUGAACCAAUGAUGUAACAAAACAUAGUGUGGACAUAUAUCCAUUACACAGUGUAUGUACAGUGAGGGAAAAAAGUAUUUGAUCCCCUGCUGAUUUUGUACGUUUGCCCACUGACAAAGAAAUGAUCAGUCUAUAAUUUUAAUGGUAGGUUAAUUUAAACAGUGAGAGACAGAAUAACAACACAAAAUCCAGAAAAACGCAUGUCAAAAAUGUUAUAAAUAGAUUUGCAUUUUAAUGAGGGAAAUAAGUAUUUGACCCCU